GCGUUAUAAAAAUAUAAAAUUGUUUUCUUAGAAUCCAUAGUGACUUAGAAGUAAAGUAAAAGUCAAAGUAUGCAUAUGGAAAUAUAUCUAUAGGUAUUAAUUAAAAAUGUCGAUAGAAAAUUGAGAAAUCCAAAGGAUCAUGUCUGGCGAUCGAGCGGGUCAUUUAAAUAGACCGUCAUUAGAAAUCCACUUAUCCUGGAAUAUCUAAACUUAUAUAGUUUUCAAGAGAAUGUAAUCUUCCUUUCAGCAUAAUAUUUCCUAUUUUUCAAUGUCCUGUAUAAAUCGACAUACACUUGUUCACAACUUUUCAACUACUUUUCCAAAUACUUCUUAGUGGGCCACCAUCAUGACACACACACACUGUAUACAGAUUGUUUGGGGUACCAUUGGAAAUAUUUUAAUAUGUAUAUGGACAAUUAUUAUGGGUAUUAUAAUAUAACUUCCCAACGAUGUUUUCGUAUUUAAAUGCACGUAUGCGUAAGUGCGAAUUAAUCGGGCGUUGUAAAAAGACGUUUUGGAAUUUUCUAUAGGUGUUUUUACAAAUAUUAAUGGACAUGUUCUAUCACCAACAGCCUCCAAUUAUUUUAACAAUGCGUUUAACGUUGAAUAACAUCUCAGGCGGAAAUUGUUCGUGAGCAAAUUGUUUAAUUUCCUCGUUGAAUUCGUCCUCAUUUCUCGGUUUAUCGAGAUGCCCGGCGUGCCGUCGGCUCGAAAUUCGACUAGAUUUUUAUAGAAAAAACUGCAAAAAUCUCUAAUUCGAAAUGCAAAGAUCGACUCUUACAAAGUAUAUCCUAAUUAGCUACAAAUACACGACAAGUGCGCAGUGCAGUCUAAUUAACGAACGAACUAUUUAACAUGUUAAUUAUUUCGCAGAGCGUUCGAAAGCGUAAAGAUUCACGUUUUCUCGCCUCACAAAGCGCCUGGAAUAAUUGCGAAUUAUGAAAAUUCGUGCGUGUUCUAACAUAGAUGUUCGCUGUCACUCCGAGACGAUUUUACGCCGGGCGGGUUUUCUAGAUUCACAUCGUUAAAGUACAGCAAAACAAUCAAUGUGAGCCGCACAUUUUCCGACGAUGAAACGCUGCAGAACGAGCGCCGAUCUCGGGCUGUGCAAGAAUUUGAAAAACGACAAAAAACGAUGUGUUUUAGUGGUUAUUUGCACUACCAGUAUAGCUGUUGUUUCUCUAUUAUUUACUGCGGCGUAUUUGGUCAUCCUGCUGAGCGAGACCGCUCGAAUAGCGGACGCCCGCUCGCAACCGGCGAAGCCGAGGCCGUUCGAGGUGGCCCUAACCCCGACGAGCGCGACUCCCCGGCGAUUCCGCCCCACGUUCGCCACCCUCACCCCGACCACCGAGCGAACGACGGCGAGUUACCCGCAGCUGAGCCACUACCGCCAGCACCACUACCCCCGGAGCGUGCAGGAGGUGAUCGACUACGUGACGGACAAGCCGCCGCAGACGAGAUCCCGCUUGGCGGAUUUGAAUCCGUACAAGCCGGAGGAUCCGGGCGAGGUGAACCUGAUGGCGACGGGACGCGUGCGGUUCGCCCAUCCGCCGCUGUGGAAGAACCGCCUGAAGAAGUUCGCCCGACGGCCCAUACCGAUUCGGGGGUACUUCAACGCGUCGGAGCCCCCGGGAGUCUUUCGGUCGCCGCGAUUGGUUCGAGUGCCCGACAAUACCGAUGUACUGGCGACCGUGAAGAAACCGGUAAUGGUCAGCAUUAAUAUCGCUCCGAUGAACAGCGAAAAUUCCACGAAAAGGGACGCCAUGACUUUGAAUUUGAGAGUCUAUCCAGACAUGACUUAUUUUAACGAGAACCGAUCUUAACAGCACAUCCGCAAGGGAACCUUCUGUACCUACUCACCUUGAAAAAAGCGAAAUCCACGACAAAAUCCUCCUCUUUGACAUCCGCAUUGAUGCUCAUAGGAGAUGUAUUAAGAUUUACAACGCCUCUGAUUCCCGCCAAACAAGUCGAGGCUAUGAUGAGGAGCGCGA